UGGUAGACAUGAUAUAAGACCCCAUCGUAGCACCGCCUGCUCACUCCUCCUCUCCCUUGGUACACAUCUCUCAAGACUCUUGUUCAAUUCUUGUCUCCUCCUCUCUUGUCCUCUUGUGCCUCAGCCAAGCAGUGCUUCUGUUCCCUGAGCCAAUACCGACAAGAUGGUCUUGACCGAGUACACCUACGUGUUCGCCAUUGGAACGUUCUUUGCGUUGCUCGAGGCCUACAACAACGGUGCUAACGAUGUCGCCAACGCAUGGGCCACUUCGGUGUCCUCCCGCUCCGUCACCUACCAACAGGCAAUGGUCCUCUGUCUCAUCUUCGAAUUGACCGGCGCUCUCACCGUCGGCGCCCGUACCGCCUCCACCAUCAAGAACGGAAUCAUCCCAAUCGCCGCCUUCAAUGGCAACGCUCCCGUUCAACUCCUCGCCUUCACAUGCGCCGCCGCCGGUGCAUCCAUCUGGGUCAUGUGGUGCACGCGCCACUCCGCUCACGUUUCCUCGACCUACUCCCUCGUUUCCGCCAUCGCUGGUGUUGGUGUUGCCGCUGUGGGAGCCGACAAGGUGCAAUGGGGAUGGAACAACGGAUCUGGUCUUGGAGCCAUCUUCUCGGGUCUGAUCAUCGCUCCCGUUGGAUCCGCUCUCUUCGGAGCUGCCAUCUUCCUCCUCAUCAAGUUGACCGUUCACCUCCGCUCCAACCCCGUCCCAUGGGCUGUCUGGACCUCUCCGUUCUUCUUCCUCGUCGCCGGAACCAUUUGCUGCUUGUCCAUCAUUUACAAGGGUUCCCCACGUCUCGGUCUGACCGAGAAGCCUGGCUACUGGAUCGCCGGUGUUUCCGUCGGAACCGGCAUGGCGCUCGCUCUCCUCGCCGCCCUCUUCUUCGUGCCAUACGUUCACGCUCGUGUCAUCAAGAAGGACUACACCCUCAAGUGGUACGACCUGUUCAAGGGACCUCUUCUCUUCAGCCGCCCCGCUCCCGCCGAUGCCGAGUUCGCUCGUGUUCCCAACUACGCCGUCAUGCAGCACGGUGGUGAGGAGACCGCCGAGAUCACCGACACCAAAUCCGAGGGCUCCGACGAGGUCAUCGCACCCAACGGCAAGCACGAGACGGUCAUCUCCGCCGGCCGCAACCCCAUGGCUCUCUCCGACGAGUCCGCCCUCUCCACCGGCACCCAAGCCGACUACAAGGUCCAAAUGGCUCGCGCCCGCGAGAUGCACCACGCCGACCUCCGCAAGAACAGAGGUCCUCUCGGCUGGGCCAUGCGCCACCUCCACCGCAACCAAAUCGGCGCCGGCUCCAUCUACGAGAAGCACAACCUCAUCGCUGUCGUCAAGCGUGUUCCCGCUCAGAUCGUCGUCAUGGCUCUGUACGGAGUCAACUUUGACAUCCACAAGGCGCAGGUCGGUGUCAUGGGCACUCCCGAGGGUCGUCGCAUGGACCGUGUCUACAACAACGCCGCCAAGUACUCCAACGAGACCGAGUACCUGUACUCGUUCGUCCAGAUCAUCACCGCUUGCACUGCUUCGUUCGCUCACGGCGCCAACGAUGUUGGUAAUGCGGUCGGUGUGUGGGCAGCCAUGUACGCUGCCUGGUCGACUGGUGAUACCGUCAAGAGCAAGGAGCCUGUGCCGCUUUGGCAGAUUGCUGUCAUUGCUUUGACCAUCUGUUUCGGUUUCUGCACAUAUGGUUACAACAUCAUGCGAGUCAUGGGUAACAAGAUCACCUACCACUCUCCAUCUCGUGGCUCCUCCAUGGAAAUGGGUGCCGCCAUCACUAUCCUCAUCUUCUCGCAAUACAAACUCCCUGUUUCCACCUCCAUGUGUAUAACUGGCGCCACCGUCGGAGUCGGUCUCUGCAACGGUACCUUCCGCGCCGUCAACUGGCAACGAGUCGGUCUCCUCUUCUUCUCCUGGGUCAUGACCAUCCCGAUCGCCGGUCUGAUCGGUGGCAUCACCAUGGGUCUCUUCCUCAAUGCUCCUUCUUACUAGAUUGUCUGAAGUCGGAGUGUUUCGGGUGGUGUUGAUGUUGAUAGACUUU